GAACUGGAGCCUCACACACAAUCUCCGGUGAUCGACUAUGGGGGAGACGCGGGAGACGAUCGGAGUGAUCGGUGGCGGCCAGAUGGGCUCAGGCAUCGCUCAGCUUGCCGCCAUCUCGGGCUUCGACGUAUGGCUCCAUGACUCCGAUUCCGGCGCGCUUCAACGGGCUUCGGAGGGCAUCGGCGCCGCCCUCCGGAAACUUGUCUCAAAGGGGAAACUCUCUGAGCUAGCUGGUACAGAUGCUUUAAACCGUCUGAGAUGCACAUCGGAUCUGGAAGAUUUUAGGCAUGCAGAUGUUAUAAUUGAAGCCAUCAUUGAGUCUGAAGAUGUCAAGAAAAAGCUCUUUUCUGAUCUUGAUAAGUUAGUCAAACCUUCUGCAAUUUUGGCUUCCAACACCAGUUCAAUCUCCAUCACUCGCCUUGCUUCUGCAACUAGACGUCCUGCACAGGUAAUAGGCAUGCAUUUUAUGAAUCCUCCUCCUGUGAUGAAACUGAUUGAGAUAGUGAGGGGGGCAGACACAUCUGAGGUGGUCUUCUCUAAAAUUAAAGCUUUGGCGGAAAGAUUCGGCAAAACUGUCAUAUGCUCGAACGACUACCCGGGUUUCAUCGUGAACCGGAUAUUGAUGCCGAUGAUCAAUGAGGCGUUUCAUGCAUUAUAUACCGGCGUAGCGACGAAGGAGGACAUCGACACUGGAAUGAAGUUGGGUACAAACCAUCCAAUGGGUCCUUUGGAGCUUGCAGACUUCAUUGGAUUAGAUGUUUGCCUCUCAAUAAUGAAGGUUCUUCACCAUGGAUUAGGAGACAGCCGGUACAGCCCAUGCCCUCUUCUUGUUCAGUAUGUCGACGCCGGCCGGCUGGGUCGAAAGAAGGGGAUUGGUGUCUAUUCCUAUAAAAAAGAACCAGUAAGAGCUAAACAAGUAUCUUCUCUCUAAAGCACUUUAUGAUUGGUCAUAUGCAUGAGGUUUAUUUCUUCUAGCAUUGAAGUGUAUGAUUAUGAUUAUGAUUAUGAUUAUUCUGGACCUGCCUGUAGGUUAAAAUGCUAAUAAGCUAACUCAACAUGUACUUCAUGAGGAAUGCUGGAGGUUUAUAUGCCUGGGAUUGAUCAUUUCCUUUUUUUUUUUUUAUUUACUAAGCAGGUGCUACAUAAGAUGUUUGUGAUUAUGUUAAUAAAAAUAUGAUAUUUGGGUUUUUAUUUUUA